UUCCCUCUCUUGACUUGGAAACCAUCAAAAAAGUUAUCUAGAAAUAGUUUCUCCAACCGUCGCCAUGCUCCCCGCGCAGGAAGCGGCUAAGAUCUACCACACCAACUACGUGCGUAACGCGCGCGCCGUGGGUGUCCUGUGGACCAUCUUUACCAUCUGCUUCGCCAUCUUGGUGAUGGUGGUGUUCAUACAGCCCUACUGGAUCGGUGACAGCGUCAACACCCCGCAGGCGGGCUACUUUGGCCUGUUCCACUACUGUAUCGGGAACGCGCUCACCGGCGAGCUCAUCUGCAAAGGGAGCGCGCUGGACUUCGGCUCCAUCCCGUCCGGGGCCUUCAAGACAGCCAUGUUCUUCGUUGGCAUCUCCAUGCUGCUGGUGGUGGGCAGCAUUGUUUGCUUCAGCCUCUUCUUCUUCUGUAAUGCCGGCAGCGUUUACAAGAUCUGCGCAUGGAUGCAGUUGGCCUCCUCCACUUGCAUGGUGAUAGGCUGUAUGAUCUACCCUGACGGCUGGGACAGUGAGGAGGUGAAGAGGAUGUGUGGACAGAGAACAGAUAAGUACACCUUGGGUAACUGCACGGUGCGCUGGGCCUACAUCCUGGCWAUCAUCAGCAUCAUGGACUCCCUCAUCCUCUCCUUCCUAGCUUUCUCCCUGGGAAACAGACAGGACCAACUACUGCCUGACAACUUUCAGGUGGACGGGAAAGAAAAAGACAAAGGUAUUGAGGGAGAAGAGGAAAGGGGUGAGAGGUAGGGGAGUGGGAUGGAGGUACAUGGAAAAGUUGAAUUAUYGAAUUAUAAAAUGUUACCUCAACUCGUCCAUCUCCAGACGUCCUAUUAAAAAAAAAUGGAAAUCAAAACAGUGGUGGAGAGAGAGACAAAAAAGAGAGAGAGAAAAGAUGAAGUCUAUAACAUCAUUUCUAGCACUGGUGUUGAUGUGUGUGAGCAGACUGUUCCCUCCAAGACAAGGCGUUCCUCCAAAGAAUGUUCCUCAAACAUUAGUCUCCGACUGUUGUCCUUGUCCUCAUCCAAAUCCUUAGUGCUGGAAUCAGYUCACCCAGAGAGUUUAUAUCAUAUCACAGAGGGCAUAAUGAGAAACUGAGACCAUUUCAAAYCGCACCAUUAUUAAAAAUACAUUUAGGCAAAGCAACCUCUCGAAACACAAUAGACACACACACAUAUAAACACUAUUCUUCAGUUAGUGAGAGGAAUUAAUUGGGAGAGCAGAGAACUUGUGUAGAUCUUCAAUAAGUGGUGUUGUGACACCACUUUACAGGUCUUGCAUGUACCGUUUAGAAACGCAGAGGAAAUCUAGUGUAACCAACACAGUGUUUAGCCACGAUGUAAUACAGCAAUUACUGUUAUGGUUCAUCGCUGCCCUUUAAGAUCUCAUUAGGAAGUUUCAAACAUCCCAACCCACUUAACCACAAC